CCGGCACGCUCACGCUACCAUGACAACACUUGAACGUGGACCGUGGGAGAAACAUGGCUGCUGGAGGAAACUUUGCGGUUCAACCAUAUAUGUUUGAACCAGAGUCCGACCCUGAACAAGAGGAGGUUACGGAAGAAGUUGUAGUAUGCAGACUACGACAAGACGUGUCAGAAUGGUGUACUUGUGGCAAUUGUACAGCAAUGCCUACAUCCCCAGAGAACCUCUGCUGCAGGGAGAUACCAAAGGUUCUACGAAGACUGAACCAGCUGCAGAACCCACCUUCCUGCAUGGCAGACCACCCUGGCUUCGAACCUGUGUGCUUGAAUGUAUUCUCUCUGCAGAAAGCUUUGAACAUCUACAGAGCAGACUAUGGGCCUUUACGUCUCAGGGGACGCGAACACCGUUACAGAUACUUGGCAUACAGGAGCUUUGUGAGCUGGUGUUGGGGUUUUCUGGGACGGAGACUUCGGGUGCCACUGCCCAGCUGUGUCGUCCGACGGAUACGGAUCGAGUACCCUGAUGCUGAAGGCAUCUAUGUGGGGUUCAGACCGGCCCUUGACUGAACCUCGUCACAUAGCGCUCGAUCACCUCCUUCUGGUCCGGCUUUUCGAACUGUGCAGAGAGAUCUUCAGGGAUGGACAUUCUCAGAACCGCCUCUGUGUAUGGACCAGGCUCCGGAAAAACUUUCUCAAAGACCAGGUCCAUGGUUUCGUCCACGUACUCUGCAAUAACAGAAAGUGCAAUAUUGUGUGUAAUUGGUUGUGUGCAUUUACUAUUAGUAAGACUUUUGUUAUAGUGUUAUUUAUAUAAUAUCUUAUUUAUCUAAGAUUUUGUAAAGGCCAUUUAAUUUUUUCUUGUGACUUUCAAUAAAGAGAACAAAACUUA